AUGACCACCAAUCUACUCGUCUUCCGCCCCAUCGGAAUCCGACCCUCUGCCAGCGCCGGCACCGGUCACCGGAAACCAGAUCCCCAACGCCAUUACAGGCCCUGGUGGAAACCUUGCCCGCCGAACAAAAUCACCGAGGGCGCGCAGCCAGAUCCUAAUUCGGAUUCGAAUUCGAAUUUGGCAGAGAAGGCAGCAGGGAGCCGAUUCUCUCCCGGUUGCUUAACGGCAGAGAAAGCGAGGCAACUCCGAAUUAUGACAUCGAAAACUGAUUGUUUUCAGGACGGAAUGUACCAUUCGGGCGUCGCAUCUCGGCUGGCUUCCGAUUUCUCAAACACUAAGAAUGAUACCGGAAAAUAG